GCUGCAUAUGAAGUUCAACGAAUUUUUUAGUAUAUAAGUUGGUUUAAUUUCAUAUUCGAAAUCAGAAUCAAGUCAACACUUCUUGAGUGUGUCUAGCAGCUUACAGCAAAUCUUUUUCUUUACUUCUCAAAUCCUUCUCCACUUUAAUCAGCAAACAUGAAGUUCGUUGUUGCCGUAGUCAUGUUGGCUCUUGCCGCCGGUGUACACUCCUCCGUGUUGACCGCUCAGAUCGCACCAGCUGUGUCGUAUGUGACCUCUUCAUUGGGCGGCGGCCCCUUGUUGGCACCUGGUGCUUGGGCUGCUGGACCUACCGCUUGGGGUGGCGCCGCUGCAUUGGGUCUCGGCCUCGGUCUCGGCGGCCGCGGUUUACACGGUGGCAUCCCCGGCAUCUCACUUGCUCAAGGUCCUGGCGCCGCCGCCAUCGCUGCUCCGCUUGCUGCCCCGAUUGCUGCUGCUGCUCCUCUUGCCGUGGGUCAUGGCGCGGGUGUGUAUGUGGCAAAGACACGCGGUGCUAUUCACACUGCUCCCUUGGCUGGUCACAUCAACUCGGCGACUUCUUUGAACUUGGCACCCGCACCAGGCACUUGGUAAACACAUACUUCGAUAUUGUUUUAUAAUGUUUACCAUCGAGAUCACCGCAUAUUCGUUCACAUCUAAACACACGCAAAAAAAAAACCAUGCAUGGUUGCAUGCUGUCAGCAGCCAUACUUAAUACAAAUUUGACGACUCUGAU